AUGGUGUUCCCCUGGCUCACUGCUGCAGGUGCAGUGCAGUGCAUCUGGGAUAGGAAGGUAUUCGAAUUUGACGGGUUAAAGCAAAGGAACAAGACAGUGGCAGAAUAUGACGCGCAAUUCACUGAAUUGGCAUGCUUCGCGCUGCAUAUGGUCGAUACGGACUACAAAAAGGCUAAAAAGUUUGAAGGAGGCCUUCGUGACUCGAUUUUGGACAUGAUCAAUAUACUCAAGUUAACGACAUAUGUUGAUGUUUUGGAUAGGGCACUCAUGUCAAAAGUAAAUAUGGCCACUCGUAAACAGAAUUUUGAAUGGAGAGGCAAAAGACAGAACUUCAAUGCAAAUAAGGGAACAACGUUUUCAAUGAACAAGAAGUCAAAAUCAGAGACUUCUGUGAAAGCUCGUAAACUAAUUAGUAAAGGUUGUCAAGGGUACUUGUGUAGUGUAGUGAAUGAUCAAACCAUGGACAUCACUUUAGAUAGUAUUCCGGUAGUAAGAAACUUUCUAGAUGUGUUUCUGGAAGAGUUACCAGGACAAUUGAUUGAUAGGGAGAUUGAGUUUGCAAUUGAUGUAGUAUCAGUCAUGCCUUUUGGAGUCACUAAUGCACCUGCAGCUUUCAUGGAUUUGACGAAUAGAAUCUUUAAACCUUUCUUGGAUGACUUUGUUGUUGUAUUUAUUGAUGACAUUCUGAUCUAUUCGAGAAAUGCCAUUUCAGUUGACCCACAGAAAAUUGAAGCGAUUGUAGAGUGGCCUACUCCGAGUAAUGUCACAGUGGUCCAAAGUUUUAUGGGAUUGGCAGGUUAUUAUCAGAGAUUUGUCAAAGACUUUUUGAAGAUUGCUGUACCAUUGACUCAACUAACUCGGAAAGGAGAAUCGUUUGAGUGGACAGACCAAAGGGAAUUUUCAUUCUAG